UUUAAAAUUUAUAACAAUUACAUAUAAUUAUUAUUUAUUUAUUUAUUUAAACUUUAUUAUAUAACAAAUAAAAAAACAAAAAAAAAAAAAAAAAAAAAUAUAAACAAUAGAAAUAAAAUAUGGCUAAAAAACAUCCAAGAGAUGAAUUAACUAAAAAAACAAAUACUACAACAACAACUACUACCACCAAUACAACAGAAAAUAAUAAUACAGAUAAUAUUAAAAGAUCAAGAUCGUCAUCAAACGGUAAACCAUCAACAACAAAUAAUGGAGAACAUGAAAGUAACCCAUUACAAUCAAUUAGUGGUUUUGAUGAAAUAGGUGAUGGUAUUAUUAGAUUAAAUGAUUCUAAAGAAAUCGAUUUUAUAGCAUCUGUCAAAAGAGUUCAUCAAUAUAUGGAAAAUUAUUUAAAACAAACUCCACAAUACCAUUAUGAACUCCUUAGUCAACUCUUCAAAUGUGAUUUAGAAUUAAAAUUAGAAAAUCUUCAAUUAUUUGGUGAUAUUUAUGUUAGAAAUUGUUUUAGCAUUCUCUUAUCAAAUUAUUUUAACCAAGCUAAAGAUCUAAAGAAAGAGUUUAGAGAAAUAGGUGGUUUUGUUUUAGUAGUUAAUCCAAAUGAUAUAGAAAGUCAGCCAAUGAUUACAGGUUCCAUUUUAACAGCUCUUCAUUUGAAAAUGAAGUGUAUCAUUUAUGUUGCUCCUGGUGAUUUACCAUUAUCACAAAUUACAAGAUUAUACAUGUGUCAUGCUAGAGGUGCAAAAGUUAUUUUUCAUAAAGGUGAUACACAAUCAUGUUUUACUAGAGCUUGGCAACAUGCUAAAGAUAUGUCCAUGGUUUUUAUUGAUAUUAGAUUUGUACCACAAUUUAGCUUAAUUGGUGCUGCAACCAUUGCACACGAAAUGUAUGAAUCAAGUCCAGAUAGAGAGACCAUUAUUAUACCAUUACGUCUUUAUUCACAAGGUUGGAGCUAUGUAUCAGGUGUUUCAUUAUUUUACAAGAUUAUGAAACCAGAUAUUAAAAUGAUCGCUGUACAAAUGACCGAUGAUUUAUUUGGUAAAGAUUUGGAAGGUAAAGAAUACAGCAGACAAUCGUUAUUCCCAGAUAGAUUAGAAAUUGGUUGGUUAGCUCUUAUUCACGACCAAUCCGAUUUAACAAAUGUUUUCGAUGCUUUUGAUUCAAGAAACCAAGGUAAAUUUAAUGACAAAGAUCUUCAACAAAUUUUAAUUGAUAUUGGUGGCGAUCCAAUUAGAAAUAAAUCAAUCUGUCCAAAAUCAUCUUUAUCUCAAACCGAAUUCGUCUACGAAGUAAUAACUGAACUCACUGCUGGUUUAAAUAGACUUGAAGAAAAAUUUGGUUAUUUUUUAUCACAAUUUAAAUUAGAAAAUUUAAUUAAGCAUUGUAUUAUAGAUCAAUUAGUUACAGCAACUGAAGAUCAAGCUGCAAUUGCUUUUGUUAAAUGCUUAGAAUAUACUCAUACAUUAACAAAUGGUAAAGGUUCAAUCGCUUUGGGUGGUUUAAUGUCUGGAAAUAUCGAUUUAAGAACUGAUGAAAAGGUAUUAGUCAUGAUUUCAGGUGGUUUUGUGGAUGUAAUUGAUUUCCAAACAAUUUUAAAUUAUGGUUUAGAUAUUACAGGUCAAAGCUUUGAAAUAGAGUUGGACUUACCAGAUAACACAACCUCUUUAAAUAAAGUAUUAAAUGUAAUUGGUGAAAACAGAGUCAGUGUUAUGGAAGUAUUAAUGGACCGUUCGUGUGAAACCCUCAAGCAAUACCAUGUUAGAACCUCAAUUCAAUGCCACAGUAGAAACUUUGAACAACAAUUUAAGAUCUUUGAUAUCAUUAGAUCAAUGGGUUUCAAAUAUAGCGUCAGAAAAUCUGCAAUUCUCAAUAAAGAAGAAAGCGGUUUCUUAUCACCACCAAUGAUCAAACCAAAUUUAAAUCAAUCAGCAGCCUCUUUACCAAGUAUUAGUGGUCCAUCAAUUCCUCUCCCAAUUGGCUCGAAACCAUUCCACCAACAAAAAAGAAGUAUUAACGAUAUUACUGUUCAGUCCAUUAGAGAAGCUCAUGAUAGAAUUAAGCAUAUUAUGACUCAGCCACCAAUUUAUCAUAGUACUACCUACUCAAAGAUCUGUGGUUGUAAAGUAACAUUAAUGUUAGAAAAUACUCAAAAAACUGGUUCAUUCAAGAUUAGGGGUUCUUCAAAUAUGGUUUUAAGAGCUAUAGAAGGUGCAAUGGUUAACAAUGAUGAAAAACCAAUUGGUUUAGUUGCAGCAUCUGCCGGUAAUCAUGCUCAAGGUGUAGCUUUAAUAUCUGCUAAAGUUGGUUUACCUUGCACCAUUGUUUGUCCUGAAUAUGCCCCAGACUCUAAACUAUCAUCAACAAGACAAUAUGGCGCUGAAGUAAUUAAAAAAGGUAAAAGCUUAGAAGAGGCCGUAAAAACAGCCGAUGAUAUUUGCAGAGAAAGAAACUGGACUCUUGUUAGACCCUACAAUGAUGUCGAUGUCAUCGAAGGUCAAGGUACAAUGGGUUGCGAUAUUUACGAUAAAGUACCAGAUGUUGAUACCGUUGUAGUUAAUGUCGGUGGUGGUGGUAUGAUUGCAGGUAUAGCACUAUUUUUAAAGAGAAUUAAUCCAAAUAUUAGAAUCAUUGGUGUACAAUCAGCCAAUGUAUCACCAUUAUCAGAAUUUAAACAAACCAAUCAAUUCCGUUAUAUUGAGCCAGCUGUACUUUCUUUGGCCGAUGGUACCAACGUUAAAAUGCCAGGUGGUGUUCACACACAAGUUCUUCACGACAUGGUUGAUGAAUACGUAACUGUAAGCGAAAAUGAAAUUGCCUCAACCAUUGUACAUCUUUUAUAUAAUAGCCGUACAGUUUCAGAAGGUGCAGGUUGUUUAGGUUUAGCUGCUUUAAUGCAUCACAAAAUCAAAGUUAGAAAAGAUGAAAAGGUUGUUGUUAUCAUUUGUGGUGGCAACAUUGAUAUGUCAACUCUUCGUCAAGUCUAUGAAUAUGGUCUUCGUUCACUAGGUCGUUCUUUUACCAUUCAUUUAACCACUUGGGACUAUCCAGGAACCCUCAGUAAAAUUAUUGGUUUAGCUGCUAGAGCCGAAUUAAAAGUUCGUGAAAUUAGACAUAUUCGUGGUGGUGGAAAUAUUAAUUGGAAUGAAGUAAUCAUUUCCUUAUCCUUCUAUAGUAAUUCAUUUAAUCAUCAAAAUUUCUUCCUUUCAUUAUUGGCCCAAGAAGGCUUAUUCCCAAAGAUUGUAGGUAGAAAAUAUAUUAAAGAUAGCGAAGUAGUAUACAAGAUUUUCGAUAAGGCAAUCGAUAAGAAAAACAAAGAAUUAAAAGAAACUUUUUCAGAAAGACAAAAAUUAUUUUUAGAACAAUAUGGCAGACAAGCAAAUGUCAGUAUCGAAAAAUAAAUAAAAUAAAUAAAUAAAAAUCUAUCUAUCUAAAAU